AUGGCUUCAGUAGUGAAUGCUACCGUUCACGGUGAGAUGAAAUGUGCACCAAAACGUGAGCGGAUUGUUAUCUCAGGAAUGUCUGGCUUAUUCCCUGAGGCGCAUUCCGUCCGAGAGUUUGCUGAUGUUUUGUAUGGCAAGAUCAAUCCUGUAAUAACAGAGAAUAAUCGGUGGAUUCAUACGCCACGAGAUAUUGGCCCGUACACGGGAAAAGCGCCGGAACUACAAUAUUUCGAUGCCCAAUUCUUCAUGGUUCACCAAAAAUUGGGAGAAAAAAUGGAUACUAUGUCUAGGAAAUUGUUGGAGCAAUCUUACCAAGCUGUUUACGAUUCAGGUAUCAGUUGUCAUAGCUUAAGUGGCAAAAAUGUCGGAGUAUACAUAGGUAGUUCCUUUUCUGAAACCGAAACUACUGGAUUUUUUGAUACAUCUUCUAGCAGAGGUUUUGGAAUAAUGGGAUGCAGCAAAACAAUGUUUGCGAAUCGCAUUUCUUAUUGGUUAAAUGUGAAAGGUCCGUCGAUGGCCGUAGACCAAGCUUGCUGUAGUUCAUUAACUGCUCUAGACCUGGCAUUUGCUGCCAUCAACAGAGGUGAAUGUGAAGCUGCUAUUGUUGGAGGAUGUAAUUUGUGCAUGCUUCCUGCAACGUCCGUUCAUUACAGCAGAAUUAACUCAGUAGCCAAAGAUGGAAGAACUAAAUCGUUUGAUCAAGAUGCCAACGGAUGUGUUUUAUCUGAUGCUAUCAAUGUUAUUUUCUUACAAAAAGCAAGUGAUGCGUUGAGAGUAUACGCUGAAGUAAUUCAUGUCAAAAACGAGUACAUAUCUUUGAGAUCGGAGAAUGAGUUCCCGAAAUGCGGUUUCUACAGGAAUCCCCAAGAGACAGCAAGUUUUUUGAGGGAUUUUUACACAGAGGCAAAAAUUCCUCCCCAAGCUGUCGAUUAUGUAGAAGCAUAUGGAAUUGGUAAUCCAGAAUCAGAUAAAUCUGAAUUGGAAGCAUUGGAUGAGGUAUUUUGUAGCCACAGGUCCGAUCCUCUGUACGUAGGCAGUGUGAUGUCCAAUGUUGGUUUCACCGUAGCAGCUAGUGGCAUUACAUCAAUUACAAAAGUUCUUCUUGGUUACCACACUCGCUUGCUUGCUGGUAAUUUGCAUUAUAAUAAGCCGCGCCAAGACAUACCUGCUAUAAAAAAUGGGAAAAUUCGUAUUUUAGACGACCACCAUUCAUUUAAUGGAAAUUAUGCAGCUGUCAAUGCCUUUUCUGCAACUGGUGUCAAUGCCCAUGUUUUACUGAAGGAUUUUCGUAAACAAAAGGUAAAUAUUAAGUAUCAAUAUUAA